GACCUGAAGCACCUCCUGCUAAAAAUACCCGGCUGAAGCCCUUUAAAAGCGCCGCUGGCUCCAGCGCCGGGCAGUUCUCCGAGCCUCAGCGAGACGCGCAGAACCCAGAACCGAGCCAGCAUACCCAGAACCGAGCCAGCAUGACCGAGCGCCGCGUGCCCUUCUCGCUCCUGCGGAGCCCUAGCUGGGACCCUUUCCGCGACUGGUACCCGGUGCACCACCGCCUCUUCGAGCAGGCCUUCGGCAUGCCGCGGCUGCCCGAGGAGUGGUCGCAGUGCUUCAGCCGCCAACUCAGCAGCGGCGUCUCCGAGAUCCAGCACACGCCCGACCGCUGGCGCGUGUCCCUGGACGUCAACCACUUCGCCCCCGAGGAGCUGACGGUCAAGACCAAGGAAGGCGUGGUGGAGAUCAGCGGCAAGCACGAAGAGAGACAGGAUGAGCACGGCUACAUUUCCCGGUGCUUCACUCGAAAAUACACGCUUCCCCCUGGUGUGGACCCCACCCUGGUGUCGUCUUCCCUGUCCCCUGAGGGCACGCUCACCGUGGAGGCCCCGAUGCCCAAGCCAGCCAACCAGUCAUCAGAGAUCACCAUCCCCGUCACCUUCGAGGCUCGUGCCCAGCUUGGGGGCCCAGAAGCUGGGAAGCCCGAGCAAUCCGGAGCCCAGUAAAGGCCUUUGCCCUGCUUCAGACCCGCAUUAGCCAUCACCGGCCAUCCCCACCUGUCAGCCUGUCUGCUCUUUUGAUACGUUUAUGUUCUGUUUUUCUCAAAUAAAGUUCAAAGCAACUGCC